AUGAAAGAUUGCGGAGAAACAUUUCCUAGCAUCGAUUAUCAGGAAAGAAAGAAAGAAACAGAAGGAUGAUAUCGAAACCUUGUCUUCCGCCGGGGUUCAGGUUUCACCCAACGGACCAGGAGCUUCUCAUCUACUACCUCAAGCAGAAAAUCACAUUCUCUUCUCCUUCCAACUCUUCUUCUUCUUCAUCGCCGUCCAUUAACAUCAAUUGUCCCGAUCAAGUCUCUCUCAUCGCCGACAUCAACAUCUACAAGUUCAAUCCAUGGGAGCUCCCAAGCAUGGCGUUGUUUGGGGAGAGCGAGUGGUUCUUCUUCAGUCCACGGGACAGGAAGUAUCCCAACGGGGCUCGGCCCAACCGGACGGCGGGCUCCGGUUACUGGAAAGCCACGGGCACCGAUAAGCCCAUACUCUCCACCAAUGGCGCGCAGUGCCUAGGCGUCAAGAAGGCGCUUGUGUUCUACCAAGGCCGACCUCCCAAGGGGAGAAAGACUAGUUGGAUGAUGCUCGAGUAUCGCCUCCUCGACGACCCUAACCAGCUCCGCACUCUCAAACGCUCCAUGCGUUUGGAUGAUUUUGUGUUGUGCCGGGUAAGGCUGAAGAGCAACGGGCCCAACCCAAUAAGAGAAGAGAGUGGUUUCAUAAACGGCAGCGGUUCAACUCCACUGAUCUCCAUGGGGAGCCAGCUACCGCUAGGCUUGCAAGAAACGACGACGGUUAAGGAUGAAAGCAAGACGGGCGGCCUUCAGCUGCACGACGGCUACGGGGGAUACGAUUUCCAGGCAUGCCUGGCGUCUCUAGGACACGAAGGUCACGCUGACGUGGAAGCUGGAGGAGGAGGAAAUGAUCAUCAUAAACAGGAAGCGUGCACUCCAAGGUACUCGAAAUGCGAAACGACGGCGUCUUCUGCCGACGACGCCUUUGAAUAUUAUUCCAUCGGGAAGGGGCUUUCCUUCGGAGGGUUUGCGGACCUGGAGCCGACGCCGGCGAAGAAAAUGAGGUUGCUUGAAGUAGAAGAAACUCCUACUUUGAGUAGCUGCCGUAAUAAUUAUCCAGGAGAUGAUGAUAAUGGCAAAUUACACGACCAAAGUAGUACAGUGACUAUCUUUGACGUGUCAUCAUGCAGCUUGUCCCACUACUAAUUUCGGGUUUCGUCGAAAUGAUAUAUGUUGAUUUGGAGAAGAUAAUGACGAGAAGCACCAAUUAAAACUUUGGUUUAGCAACUUUUAUCGGUUAGUUUCUUCUCUUUUCUUUCUAUAAUGACGGGAUGUCCAUUCAACAAGUGAGCGAUUGAGAAGAUCCAGAUUUCAUGAAUAUUCAUGAACACAGAUGAAAAUUUGUUACCGAAUCAAUAUUUUCCGAACGAGGCAGACAUGAAUUGGAGAGUGGAGGAAAUUCAAGUCUUUUUUACCUUCAUGAUGCAUUAACUUGUACUAUAUAUGCUGAUUUGCCCCCACCAGUACAUUAGACUGAAAUGUCAUAUGGAAGAAAAAAAAUAAUAUGUGUCUUCUUCUUGUUCUCUAUUCUUGUACUUUGAUGAAAGGCGGGCAAUAUAAUUUAAUGUCAUAUGGCAGUUUCUGAUCUCUUGUUUGUGUGAUCUGAAUACAAGAGACGUACGACUGCAUGCAUGUGAUGUGGGACAUAACGUAUAUUCCAAACAUACCCCACAAAUUAGUAUUAUUAUACAUACUCUUUCGGCAAACUCUACCUAAGUGUGCAUUGAUAUGUUUUAACAAUAAGAAGAUGCGUUGGGAAGUCUACUUCCGUGGAAUUCCAAUUAUUAAAUUACAUCUAUUAAAGCACAAGCAAGGAGGACUAUUAUAGAACUAUCUUCCUAGAAAUAGGAUUGGGUGCUAUCUAUGUUACCAUGUUAUUUUGAUAAUUGUGGUUAUUAUCUUCCCUCUCCCAAUUAUCCCGGUGCCCUUUUCAUCUGUUUUUAAGUAAGCUCUCUUUCUUCUUCCUCUGCUCCUCUCUCUCUUUUUCUUCUUCUUCUUCUUCUUACAGUGUUUUUCUUUCUUCUGCUGCUCUGUUCAAGCGCUGGCUUAUCAAUUUUCUUUUUCCUUGUUUUGCACAUGUCCACCGAACGGGAGCUUGCAACUACUUUAGAUGGCAUGACCCGGCUCUUGAUGAGAACGUGAAGUAUAUGGUUCUCCACUUAAUCGUCAGUUGCGCGACCUGGAGAAUAGAUAACAAGGGAGUGUGUCGACUUUUAGUAGCAAAGAAGUGCUACUCUUCCUUUUCUCUAUAGCUAUGUUCUUUUACCUUUGGAAAGAGAAUUAAGAAUGGUUCUGAUGGGAAAUGCAAUAUGUAGUCAAAUUUGAUAGGGAAUUAAGAAUGAGUGGGUCUGAUGGGGAAUGCAAUGUGUAUUUACAACUGCUAUAAUCGAAUUUUAAAUGCUUAUUGUAUUUGUUAUUAAUCAUAAUCAGAAUGUUAAUUGUGUUUGUGUUUAACUUGCAGGAUGUAAUGUGUGUUGUGUCAUGUACUUUGAAUAUUGUUGAGUAUCUGGUGAUGGAAAGCUGAAUGUCACGAAAGAAAAAGAACAUUAUCAUUGUUAAUAAGCAUGCUUGGAAAUCAAAAGGUUGAAGACAAAGAACAAAAGGCUUGCUAUCAUUCUUAAUAGUCAUCAUCAGAUUAGAUUACAGUUUAGAAAGAUCACAAAAAGAGCAAGUCAUCAUCCGAUUUGUAAGAUCAGUCAAAGACUGCAUUAGUUCACCAAAUUGCAACUGAUUAACAAAAUGAGGCUAAUAUAACUAUAACUACUUGUUCACCCAAAGGGUACAUCGUCAUACGAUUUAACCAAAAUACUAGAACUACCUAAACAACCACUCCUACAUUAACUCUUUCUAAUCUUCAAGGAUUCUUCAACUGAGUCAAUUGGCUUGCUUUCUGCGAGCCUUGAGUGGCAAACAUUCAUACGGUGCUUCAAAGCAAACAUACAUACGGUGAAGUCGGGAAUCUCUGCUCAACAACAACAGUUAAAUUGGGGUUUCUCCUUCGUAGCUAUUUCGCAUAAUGGUAGAGGCUUCGAAAUUGUUCUUUGUACGUCCCAUGCACCAAGUCAGUCGAUGUCUUCUUAAUCCUGUAUGCCUUCAUAUCUCCAACCUCUCCCUUGUAGUCUUCUUCAUUAUUUGUUUCAACAAGUUUUUGCUCAUUUUCUGAUCGGCUGCCAUCUUUGUUGAGAGUUUGUUUCCCAAGAACUUGGCGGUUGCAAACUUAUUAUUGAAAGUGAGAUUACAAUCACUUGAGUGCUCCAAUUUGCACCUUGUGAUUUGUACAACAUCUGCAUGCUCUUUCUUGGAUGCCCAAAUGUACCAUUCACAAGGUUCCUGGCACACUGUGUGUAGCCUCUUUCGAUCAUUCUUUCUGAAAGAGAUUGGUCGAUGCUCAAUGAAAUAAUGUGUCUUUAUCGUCUCAACCAACAGAUGUUUGCUUCUUCAUCAUAUUGCGAUUCUCCUCGAAUUCUUCUGUCGCAACCGUCCCGUCCGGGGGGUCCGAAUGUCGUCGCGUCGGCAUUUUUGGGAGUCGCCAUCGAUCUUAGUUGGAGUGGAUCGAACACUCUUAGGAUCGGCUCUAACCUUAGGGUCAAAACCGAGAUAUGGUCUGCGAAAAUGAAGUUAUGGGUUCGGGAGUACGGUUACGUGUAGGGAAGUUAAGCAACACCCCCACAACGCCCUAAAUCGGUACUACUUAAGUCGAUAAGUUUUAUACGAGUUGGGUGUAUUUUAGUAAUAAUUUGUAAUUUUAGGGGUCCCACUGGACCAUUUAAUGAUUUAAUCAUAUUAGUUGUAAUUUAAUUAUACGCCCACUGACGUAAAAAUUUAAAGAUAAAGUUAGUUGAUUAAUUGGACUCGAACCUUAUCGGUUGCCUACGUACCCGUAAGACGGGAUCAAAGUCCACGUAGUUCGCUUGGACUUUGAAAAUUUUAAGUAAAAUUAUUACCACAUUCCACUGAUCGUGGUUCUCGUAUCAAAAUUUAUUGUUAGUAAAAUUUAGGUUGGUAUUAUGAAAUUAUAAAAAGAUAAUGUAAUAAUUUCACUCAUUAAGAGGAGUUUUGAUGUACUAGAAAAGAAACGAGAUAUACUUAAUCCGCAAUUUUACAUUUCGUAUUAAGGAUUUUGAAUAAAUAACACUAUACGGGUUUAUAUUAUUAACGCAUGAGGGCCAGCAGUCUAACUGGCUAAAACGCCAGACCAAAUUAGCGUUUGACCGAGAGAACAUGGGUUCGAAACGCGCUAUCUAAAUUUUUUUUGUUUAUCUCGUUUUAGAGCAGAGAAGGGGGAAGGGCAAUUUGGUAAGUGCACAAAAACGCGGUGGCAAGGCCGCGUAAUAAGCUGAAAACCCUAGGGUCAAUUUGGUCAUUUUAAAAUUUGAGGUAUAUAAGCCUCUCCUUAAAGCGAAACCAAACCCUAGUGGCGGCUGCUCUCUAUUUCUCCUCGUUCUCUCUCACUCCUCUAACUCUCGCCUCUCUUCUUCACGUAGAGAGAAAAAAACGAACCCUAGCCGAUCUCACCCUCCGCCUCUCUCUCACUCGUCCUCAUCUUCUCCAGAGAACCCUAGCCGCCGCCCUCAUCCCUCUCUUCUCCACAGACCGAAACCCUAGCCUCCUCUCUCCAAAACCGUCGCUAUCUACUUUUACCCUCUCAAUCCGCCGUCGCUCUCGUGUCUAGCUGGGAAUCCUAAUCGACCGUGAAGGGGGAAAUCGAUCAAGGUAAAAACUCGACAUGCAUGUUGCUUUUCUUUGGACUUUUGGUUUUUUUUAUAGGAUUCUGACCUUCCCUUUUUCUCUUUGAAUCGAGGGUUUCUGGGUUUUGGUUUCGGUGAGGAGGAAGAAAAAGGCCUAUCGCCGAUUUGGUAACCGGCGGUGAGGUAGAAACGGUCGGUGGUGGCUGAAAAAGAGACCGCCAGAGGCUUAGAGGUGAUAUGUGUAAGUUUUAUUUUCUGAGUUUUUGUUUUGUUUUUGUAUUUGAAGGAUUCUGAUUAUCGAUCCUGACUAACUACCCUGAUUUAUUGCAGAUUUGGAGCGGAGUGGCAUAGGUGAGGUCUCCUACUGCUCUUGAGAAGUUUUGAAAAAAAAACUCGGCCAUAUAGCUACAGAAUAAAUGAUUUGCGAACCU